CCUGCGAGGCUGGCUGAUAAGGACCGAGGCCCCUCUCGGGUACCUCUAGAGGACACCUCUGACGAGAAGACAGUCUCUGAAGCAGCCGCGGACUGCGACCGCGACUUCGCCCAUCCACGGAUACUGAACGCACCGCAGGCCAUGGACACCACGACGGUCGCGGAGGGGCUGCUGGAGGACGACUUCCACACCAUGGGCUGGGUGGACAUAAGCGUGUUCGCCAUCAUGCUGGCCGUGUCUACCCUCAUCGGGGUCUACUUCGCGUACUGCUCGCCGCAAGGCAACGAGUCGGAGGCGGACUACCUCGUCGGGGGCCGCAGCAUGGGCACCAUCCCCGUCGCACUGUCACUGUUCGCAAGCUUCAUCUCCGGCAUCGCGCUGCUGGGCUACCCCGCCGAGGUGUACGUGUUCGGCGGCCAGGUGGUGUACAACGCGCUGUCCUACCCGCUGACCGGGCUGCUCCUGGGCUACCAGCUGCUGCCCGUCUUCAGGAACCUCCGCACGCUGUCGGUGUACGAGUACCUGGACCGCCGCUUCAGUCGAAAGGCCCGCUUCAUCGCAUCGUGCCUGUUCCUCGUCAGCCACAUUGUGUGGCUUCCGAUCGUCAUCUACGUGCCCGCUCUGGCGUUCGAGCAAGUGACGAGAAUCAACCUCCACGUGGUGGGGCCUGUAGUGUGUGUAAUCUGCAUUUACUACACCACGGUGGGAGGCGUCAAGGCCGUGGUGUGGACAGACGCGGUGCAGGCCGUCAUGAUGCUGCUCUGCGUGGGGCUGGUGGUCGCCAAGGGCGUCAUGGAGGUGGGCGGGCUGGGCACCGUGUGGCAGCGGAACAUGGACACGACGCGUCUUGAAGCCCCAGUCUGGGACUUGGACCCCACCACUCGGCACACCAUCUUCUCGCUGAUACUGGGCGGCGUGGUGCGGCACACGGCCGACCUGGGCCUCAGCCAGAGCAUCAUCCAGCGCUACAUGGCCCUGCCCAGCCUGCGCGCCUGCUACCGCGCCACGGCCAUCUUCAUGGUCUGCACCGUCUGCCUCAACCUGCUGGCCUGCUUCUGCGGCUUCACGGCGGCCGCCUACUACCACGACUGCGACCCGCUCACCGUCGGGAUCGCCCAGAAGAGGGACCAGAUCGUCCCCAUGUUCGUCCUGGACGUGCUCGCCAACGUGCCAGGGCUCACGGGCCUCUUCAUCGCCGGCGUGUUCAGCGCCGCCAUGAGCUCGCUGUCCACGGGGCUCAACUCCAUCUCCGCCGUGGUGCUGGAGGACGGGCUGCGCAGCAUGGCCGGCAGGUCGCCCUCGGAGCGCCAGACGCGCUGGCUGCUCAGGGGGGUCGUGGUGGGCGCGGGGUUGGUCUGCCUCGCCCUCAUGUUCGUCGUGGAGCACCUCGGCAUGGUGGUCCAGCUCAACGCGAGCCUGUCGGCCAUGGCGGCGGCCCCGCAGUUCACGCUCUUCAUCGCGGGGCUGUUCCUGCCCUGGGUCAACACGCGCGCCGCGCUGCUGGGAGCGGCCGUGGCGGCGGCCAUGGUGGGCGUGACCGUCAUCGGGGCGCAGGCCAACAUCCUGAGCGGCGCGCUGCAGUACACGCCCAAGCCCGUGUCCGUGGACGGCUGCCCGCACCUCGCGCCGCCCAACGUCACCCUGGCGCACCUCAGGCCGCACGACAACUCCGAGGUGUUCUGGCUGUUCCGCAUAUCCUACCUGUGGUACCAGCCGCUGGCCAUCCUGACGGGGCUGCUGGUGGCAAGCGUGGCCGCGCUGGCCGGCUGGCGCAACGACCUGGCCGACGUGGACCCGCGCCUCGUGGCCCCGGUGUCGCGCCGCUUCCUGCCCGAGGGCAAGUACCGCGGCGACGACCACGGCGAUGACCCCGCCACCCAGGAGGCUCUGCUGCUCGAGCUUCGGACCCUAAGCGCGGCCAAGGACGCGGCCAAGGAAUAGUCAGCUAGACUUUAGUGUGUGGCCCCACGUCCUGCGGGCUGAUUGGAGUCGUGUGGUCGCUGGGGGCCGGAUAGAGCCGGUCAGCCAGAAAAAGGGGUCGCUCACUGCUGCUGCUUCUAUCGCACCUCUACGACGGUAGAGAGACACGUCGACGAAAGCAUGCUGUAUGGAACCACCCUGCUGCGCCCGGACAGGACUCUUUUUCCCCCUCGCUCGCUGCUGAACUGCCACAAACAUGACAUGUUUGUAACAUUGUUACAUCCGACGAUCUGUACCUGUAUUGUAAAAAAAAACAUUCGUGCCAAAAUAAACACUGUCAUGUCGCUACUUGU